AUGGCUUUGUUAAAGUGCAAGGCCGGCUCGCCAGCGGCAUGGCGGGAGGUGGUUUUGAAGGCGUCUAAGUUGAGGGCUGAAGUGGCGGUUAAGAUGGGAAUUGUUGACUCGGCACAUGAUAGCGCGGCGGAGACGGUGGUGGCAGCGGUGAAGUUGGGGGAGGAGCUGUACAGUGAGAAUAGGAAGACUAUGCUUGCUGACGUGUUGGCUGAGCUUGGGUUUGAUGAGACUGUAGAGGAUGGUGACAAUGAGACUCUUCCUCCUCCUACUACUACUACCAAGCAUGCAAUGCAGAACGAGCUAUUUCUUUUGGACGACGCUAUUAAGAGGAAGGGGUUCUUUUGCCAAGCACAUAUGAAUAUUUUGUUAUAA